AUGUCCCUCGUCUAUAGCUUCGUGUCCCGCGGCACGACCGUGCUGGCCGAGUACGCCGCCUACGCUGGCGACUUCGCGGCCACGGGACUGGAGUGCCUGCAGAGCGUGGGCGAACCGGGGGCGAUGUUCACGGCGAUCACGGAGGGCCGCAGCUUCAACUUCCUGUCCAGGGACGGGUACAUCUUCCUCGUGGUGGGCGACGAGGGCGCAAGCGCGGAGAUGACGGCCGCGUUCCUGGAGCGGGCAUCCAACGAGUUUCUCAGCGCCUAUGACACGCGGGCGAGGUCGGCGCCGCAGGGGUCACUCACAAAGAGGUUCGCGCACGUCUUGAAGGAGCACAUGGAGUACGUGAUGGCGCAUCCAACCGAGGAGUCCCGCAUCCAGGCCGUGCAGCGAAAGGCAGCUGAGGUGCGCGCGAAGAUGGCGGAGAACAUCGAGGCGGUGAUGGCCGGCGGGGAGGCGCUGGAGGCGUCGGAGGAUCGGGCUGCGGCGCCGCUGCGUGGCGGGUCGAGAUUCGAGGCCGGUGGGCGGAUGCUGAGGCGUCACGCGCGGUGUCAAGCGGUGCGCGUGUGGUGCGCGCUGCUGGCGCUGGCGGCCUUGGUGCUGGCAGCGGUGGGCGUGGCGGUGUGCGUCGCCGGGGAGCACUGCGUGGUGUAA